AUGUCCGGGAUAAUCUCGUGCAAGCGGAGGUCCGACCGAUCCUUCCUCCGACUACGGAUGCCCCUUGAAGAGGAGAUAGAUCCCGCCCACUACAUACUGGCGCACAUCAGCAACGCGCAUAGCAAACUUGACGUGUCGCGGUUCACCACUCUCGGGAACGACGGCCUCGCGGCUGUCCUCGGCAGACUAUCCGUAUCUCCCGGGGGAUCAAGGGGGCUCGUAAAUAAGUGGGAAAUGAUGAGCUUCCGGAUCUGCGAGCUCGGAGACAUGGGACUAGCGGCGUUACUCGCUCUUUCCCUUGCGGGCAACAGGGGUCUUCUUUCCAAAUCCGUGGUCACGCUUUUCGACUCCCUUUCGUCCUCCACUCUCGCAACCCUCAAUCUGAGCGACUGCGACCUCGGACCGGAGGUCGUUGAGGCCAUCGGAAAGUACCUCUGUAGCACGCGGUCCCGGACCCUCCGACGCCUCGUCCUCUCCCGAAAUCGGUUCGGCCUGGAGGAAAUCCGGGGCAUCGUCGACGCGGAUGCUGGCGAGGACGAGAAGGUGAAGCAAGAGCUGGCGAGGUUGCACACUCUGUACCGGCGGAACAAGGAUCUCGCCGAUCGGGUCAAGCAGGCUGCGGCGCGCUGUCUCCCCUACGCUCGCAUCCUCCUCAACGCCACUCCAGACACUUCCCUCCAUCCCAGCACCCCGUCGGACACCACGUCGCCCUGCUUUAGGCUUCUCGACCUCCCAUUCGAGCUCGUCGUCCACAUCACUCGACACACCUCGGGUGACCCCACAGCUCUGUCGGAUGCGCAAUUCCUCAGGCUACAGCAGGAGGCCGAGGGGAGGGAGGGUCUCGCUCGAGCUAUAAAGCAGGGAGCCACGGUGCUGAAGGAGACGAUGGCGUUCCAUGAGCUCAAUCGCGGCCUAAGGCCAAGGCCGAGGCUGACGGAGGAGGACUGGAGGCUGCCCAUGAGAGCGGAGGACUUGGCACACAUUCAUGACAGGCUCAAGGCGGAUUGGCUUAAGGCUGUAGACUGCGAAAAGUGGGAGUGUAACGUGUAG